AUGGAACAGGAACAGAAGCUCCUACAGGGAGCAGGCCCUGAAAAUCUGGCCUCCCAGACCCCUGACUAUCCCCAGUAUGGUGAUCUUCUCCCGCCCGCUGUCCGUCAGAUCACAAACCUAGUUGGCGGGAGAUUCACGCCGGGUGUAACAGCGGCUGCGCUGUAA